GGCCUUUAAUAUAUAUUUGGAAUAACAUGGAACUUGCUGAAACAAAAUCAUUUGUAGGUAUUUUUUUCUGUCAAGAAUAUUGGGAAGUUGUUCCUAGAAUUUGGCUUCAUGAAGUAAACUCAGAAGUUGAAGCUUACAUGCCAGAUGGAGAUGUGGUUGCUCAAGCUAAACUCGGCAUUCCAGUGCAGACAAGCUGGCGGUCAUUCACUGUACAGCGGAUUGCUGAGACUUCAGAUAACUACAAACUAACUGAGCGCAGGAUGCAGUAGGUAUGGGCCAAUUAGACGUCAACGAGCUUCAGCCAUCAAUUUUUAUGCAUUCAAAGCCAAGAAAGCCCGAUUGGAGUCAGAUCCUGUCUACAGACGCAGCUACUCACCACCUCCAGCUGCUGUGAGCAAUCCAGCUGGAAUUUCCAUGUUGAGUGAUGACUUGGUAACUCCAAGAGGAGCCAGGAAAACUCACGGGAGACGAAAAUUUGAAUUACGAGCAACAGCUCAAAACCGACGAAAUUCUCCUUCGUUCCGGUCAACUUCUCUGCAUCUGGCCAUGCCAGCCCCUGCCUAUAGGGACCGCGAGACUUCAGUUCAUCCAACUCCAGACCGAGCCGUGAUGCAUCGCCUCGAUGAACUAGAAGUCAACCAGAAAUUCAUCAUGGAGAGCUUAGAAGAAAUAAUCAACACAGCUUUGUUCAACUACUCUCACGUGAAAGAACUGAGAGAGAGGAGGAAAGUCUACAGUCACGACAUAACUUUGCCAUGCUUUGCACCAGCUUCCAACUUGGAUGAACUCGACGUACUCUUGACCACAGAUCACAUAGUGGAGAGACUCCGCUGUGAAGAAUAUGACGCCGUUGGUGUCACUCUGAAGGCGAUGAUCAAAACCCUCAUGACGCGUUCACUUCUGAAUCAAUUCUCAUUCAAUGACGCAGCAAGGGAUGAUUUAAAGAGCAAAGUUGCUUUAAAAACCACCUUGUCUGUAACGUCUUACUCGCCGCACUGGAGUUGACGUCUCAUAGUGGCACUCCACGACGUAUUUUCAACGCCGAGAUUAAGAAGAUUCUUGGGAGUCAGAGCGGUGACUUUGUUCCACGGGCGCUUAGGGAACAAAGAGCUUUGGGGGCGACGUCUUCUCAUGCUGCAUAGGCUGAGGUGCAGGGUGGCCGGCCGUCGUCAUACUCCGACUGAGGGAUCUGAGGUUUCUGUGUCGAAAAUAUGGAAUAAAUUCGUUAUGCUGUGUGGACUUGCGUUUUACGAAAUAAGUUAAUAUUAAUAGUAUAACUUUGAUACUUGGUUUACCAUUUAUGGGUUAGAAUGAAAAUUAGCAUCUUUAUUUCAUGUGGAUAUUCACUUUACUUUGUAACGUAAACGUUCAAUUUCUCACGCGAUGACUUAUCCUAUCAACUUGAAAACGCUUCGGAGAAUCGCCUUUUGCCUAAUUCUUUAUACUGAGAUAGGUAAUGAUACAAUCAUUAUCUAUCAAUUUGCGCUCUUUUGGAUGUAGCUGUUAAUUAAACUGUUAAUUUCCUGUAUUUUUUUCCGUGAAUAUUUACACACGUCAACGGCAGACCACAUCCAGCUGCAUCCAAUUACUCUGAACCACCCGGUCAUGUGGAAAAUUUUCCGAUUGAAUGUACGGUGGACCGUUCGGGAUUGAAAAUAGCGCAUCUUUUACGUGGAUCUUUACACAUAUGAACUGCGUCAUAUGUUCGGUCAUUUGGAUUUUUUUCUAGAUUGCUUACGGGUUCUGCGUCGACUAAGGGAUUAUCCGGAUAUUGCUAGCCAGUAAUAAAAAAUUAUUCUUCGGAGCAGAUUGUGUGCAGAACGGAGAUACAACUGCCUUUCUGUAUGAAGCAAAAUCCACCUCAGAAUCCCUCUGUGUAUUAGUUAAAUAAGUUGCACCUGUGUGAUUUAAGAAGUAACAUGUGAAGUAUUGUUGUACGUUUAUCAUUAGUUUAUUACCGAGAAGGCUGUGAAGCUAAAUAACAAAGUGAAUAAAGCUCUUUCUGACGCACGCAGGAAGUCAUGUUUAAAACUUGUUUAGCUAUC